GCGCACUUGUGUGAGACGUUUGAAACUUCUCGCCGCCCAGUGAUUAGGCAGCACUUCAAUAUACAGCUAACGCAAUCAUGGAGCUCAAUGAUAGAAAUCUCCAAACCCUGACUGAGUAUCUGCAAAAAACACUAAGCCCUGACCCAGCUGUGAGACGGCCAGCUGAGAAAUUUCUGGAAUCGGUGGAAGGAAACCAGAACUACCCCAUUUUACUGCUCACAGUACUAGAGAAGUCCCAAGACGAGGUCAUUCGCGUGUGUGCGGCCGUCACCUUCAAGAACUACAUCAAGAGAAACUGGCGCGUAGUUGAGGAUGAACUAAACAAAAUCUCUGAUCCUGACCGGACCGCUAUCAAAGCCAACAUUGUAAAUUUGAUGUUAAGCAGCCCAGAGCAAAUUCAAAAACAGCUGAGUGAUGCGAUCAGCAUCAUCGGAAGAGAGGAUUUUCCUCAGAAAUGGCCGGAUCUCCUGACCGAGAUGGUGACUCGUUUUCAGAGUGGAGACUUCCACGUCAUCAACGGAAUUCUUCGCACGGCCCACUCCCUUUUUAAAAGAUAUCGCCAUGAGUUUAAGUCCAAUGAGCUGUGGUCAGAGAUCAAGCUGGUACUGGACACUUUUGCACAGCCUCUCACUGAACUUUUCAAGGCUACGAUUGAUUUGUGUCAAACUCAUGCAACAGAUAUCAAUGCCCUGAAAGUGCUCUUCUCUUCCCUAGCACUUAUUUCAAAACUUUUCUACAGCCUUAACUUCCAGGAUCUCCCAGAGUUCUUUGAGGAUAACAUGGAGACUUGGAUGACCAAUUUUCAUAACUUAUUGACUUUGGAUAACAAGUUGUUGCAAACGGAUGAUGAGGAGGAGGCUGGUCUGUUGGAGCUGUUGAAAUCUCAAAUCUGUGAUAACGCAGCACUUUACGCUCAAAAAUACGAUGAAGAGUUCCAGCCUUACUUGCCUCGCUUCGUCACAGCUAUCUGGAACCUGCUGGUCACAACUGGUCAGGAGGUUAAAUAUGACUUGCUUGUGAGCAAUGCUAUCCAGUUUUUGGCGUCAGUGUGUGAGCGGCCGCACUAUAAGCAUCUCUUUGAAGACCAGAAUGUUCUCACUAGCAUCUGUGAGAAGGUCAUCGUACCCAACAUGGAGUUCAGAAGUGCAGAUGAAGAGGCUUUUGAAGAUAACUCGGAAGAGUACAUCAUCAGAGACCUUGAAGGCUCAGACAUCGACACGAGGCGUAGAGCAGCCUGUGAUUUGGUGCGAGGCCUCUGUAAGUUCUUUGAGGGCCCGGUGACGGGCAUCUUCUCUGGCUAUGUAAACUCCAUGCUGACGGAAUAUGCCAAGAACCCCGGGGUGAACUGGAAACACAAAGAUGCUGCUAUCUACCUGGUCACAUCUCUGGCCUCCAAAGCUCAGACACAAAAGCAUGGAAUAACACAAGCCAAUGAGUUGGUGAACCUGUCUGAAUUCUUUGUCAACCACAUUCUAGUAGACCUGAAAUCUCCCAACGUGAACGAGUUCCCAGUUUUGAAAGCAGAUGCCAUCAAGUAUGUAAUGACCUUCAGAAGUCAACUCCCUAAAGAGCAGCUGUUGGAGUCUGUUCCUCUUCUGGUGGCCCACCUGCAGGCAGAGAGCAUCGUUCAGCACACCUAUGCAGCACAUGCACUCGAGAGACUCUUUACCAUGAGAGGAGCCAACAACGCCACUCUCAUCACGCCUACUGAGAUGGCACCAUUCACAGAACAGUUACUCAACAAUCUGUUCAAAUCUUUAGCAGUCCCUGGCUCGUCUGAGAACGAGUACAUCAUGAAAGCCAUCAUGAGGAGUUUCUCCCUGUUACAGGAAGCCAUUGUGCCCUACAUCCCCACUCUCAUUGGCCAGCUCACCCAUAAGCUUCUCCUCGUCAGCAAGAAUCCCAGUAAGCCACAUUUCAACCAUUACCUGUUUGAGUCACUGUGCCUGUCCAUCAGGAUCACCUGCAAGGCCGAUCCAGACACCGUGGACAGCUUUGAAGAGGCCCUGUUUCCUGUGUUUACUGAGAUCCUCCAAAAUGAUGUGCAGGAGUUUGUGCCGUACGUCUUCCAGGUGAUGUCUCUGCUGCUGGAGAUCCACACCAGCUCCAUCCCCUCCUCCUACAUGGCCCUGUUUCCUCACCUCCUGCAGCCCGCGCUGUGGGAACGCACAGGAAACAUCCCUCCUCUCGUCCGGCUGCUGCAGGCCUAUCUGGAGAAAGGAGCCGCCGCCAUCGCCAGCACAGCCGCUGACAAGAUUCCUGGUCUUCUUGGAGUAUUCCAGAAGCUCAUCGCAUCCAAGGCUAACGACCAUCAAGGCUUCUAUCUGCUCAACAGUAUAGUGGAGCACAUGCCUCCGGAUUCCAUCACCCAGUACAGGAAACAGAUCUUUAUUUUGCUUUUCCAGAGGCUUCAGAGCUCCAAGACCACAAAAUUUGUUAAGAGUUUCCUGGUAUUCAUCAACCUUUAUUGUGUGAAAUAUGGAGCAAUUGCAUUGCAGGAGAUAUUUGAUGACAUCCAGCCAAAGAUGUUUGGCAUGGUUGUAGAGAAAAUCAUAAUUCCUGAGGUGCAGAAGGUCUCUGGGCAGGUGGAGAAGAAGAUCUGUGCUGUGGGCAUCACUAAGAUCCUCACUGAGUGUCCUGCCUUGAUGGACACAGAGUACACCAAACUCUGGACUCCUUUGUUGCAGGCUUUGAUUGGUCUGUUCGAGUUACCAGAAGACGACAGCAUCCCAGACGAUGAGCAUUUCAUAGACAUAGAGGACACUCCAGGGUACCAGACCGCUUUCUCACAGCUUGCUUUUGCAGGCAAGAAAGAGCAUGACCCCAUCGGAGACGCUGUCAGCAAUCCCAAAAUCCUCCUAGCUCAGUCCUUACACAAACUCUCCACCGCCUGUCCUGGAAGGGUGCCCUCCAUGUUGAGCACCAGUCUGCCAGCAGAAGCUCUUCAGUUCCUGCAGGGUUACCUUCAGGCGGCCACUGUACAGCUGCUGUAGCAGACUCCUUAUCACCAAGAAAGGGGAUCUCUGGCGCUCUCAAGAAACCCAAACUGAUCCAACCAAAAAAAGAGACGACCAGUGGACUCAACAUGAGCGGAGAUGUACCACCCAGUGAUACAUGGCCAGACAGAAGGGAUUUCUAAGAAAUUGUUUUAAUGAUUUGUGUGCGAUGAAUGGGACCGAGCAGGGAAUAAUGUUUGGAAAGCAAUGGUGAUGCUUGGGUAGAGGGGUGCUGAUCAUCUCACUGGGUGGCCUCUGCUGAUGUUGGCUUUACUUAUGUAUUAUUUGGAGUCCAUUCGGUAUGUUCUCUUAUUGUUUAGUUUGGCGUCUCACCCAACCAUACAUUCGGCAGUAUUUUGAAAUGUCGCCUUUUACAAACAUUGAACAGCACUUGGGAGUUGGCAGACAUUUGGCGGCAUCUGUAAAAUCAAUGGGGAAAGCGUUUUCAGUUUGUUCUUUUUCCUGUAGUUUUGGAGAUGUUUUUACUGUAUAAACGAGUUGUUUUGCAAAGCAGAAAAAUUUGUCAAAUGUCUCAUGUUGCUUGUCAUUCACCAUGUUUUGUCUUUUUGCUGUUUUGCUGCUCUAGUCGUUAAUAAAUGAAAUGAAG